AUGCCAGGACGAAUAAAUCGAAUUACUUUUCAAUCCAAUCAGCGUAAUUUAGUUCAAGUGUAUACAAAUCUACCACCUGGUAUUGACUCAAAAGUGACCGCCUAUCUUAUUCUUAUAAUUCGUUUGUUUCGUCCAACUUCAUCGCAUAUUGGUUCACUUUGUUCAGAGGCCACAAACACCGCUUCAAAUCAUAUUUAUGUACAAGUUCCGCAUAAAGCUGGACAUAAACAAACAACAUGCACUAAAGCUCGUUAUAAAAUCACUGUUCCUCUGGAUAGAUUUAGUGCUUAUCUUAAAGAUAUGCGUGAACUACGCCUGGAUGUUAUUGACAGUCGUCAUCAGCGUGUUAUUGGACGUGGACGCCUAGAUCGAAUUGAUCGUCUAACUUCGACAACACCAAUUGAUGCUAUAUUACCUGUUAUCAAUGAAAUUGGUGAAAAAUUGGGUGAUUUAAAUCUUUCAAUAAUGAUUGAACCUGUACUUUCUUCAAAUCCUAAACCGAUAAUUACACGUUUCAAUUGGAAAAAGGAAGACAGCCAACGACUGUCCAGGAAUGCUGAUGAUAAUGUUACCAAUGUCGGCGAUGAUGAUAAUGAUGAUGACAACAAUAAUGAAAGUAUAUCCGACGAGAAUGGCAAAGCUCUUCUACCACCACCACCUAGACAGGCAAAGACAUUCACCUGCAUAAAAAGCGAUCAGAAUGAUGCAAAUGAACAGGAAAUGAAUUCAGGGCAAUUUAAACGAGAACAUUCAACUGGUGGUCCCGGUGGUGAUGGGGGUGAACAUGCUGUUGACUUAGAUAUUGGUUCACUUGAUCAAACUCAUGAUCAUGAUCAAGAUCAUCAUCAUCGCAGAUCUCAUAAAAUUGAUAAUUUAUUUGAAAAUCCAAAUAAUUAUCGACAUGAUACAAUGCAAAAUCAGCAUACACAUAUGAAUAAUCUGGAUGACAAUUUAUCGAUUAAAGGAAAUAAAGUUAACUUUGAAAGAGGUGAAUUACUCUCAGUUGCAUUAGAGAGAAGUAAACAUUUACGUGAAACUCUAAGUUGUUCAUCGUUAUACACUCAACGAGAUCAUGAUGAUGUGGCUGUGAACUUGAAAAAAGAAUCACGAUGGACUGUUGAUGAUAAUCGGAACUCUUCAAAUGUUUUAUUGCAGAAUAGGUCCCUUCAUCAUUCUAGUCCAGAUUUAAGAAGUCUUGUAUUGAAUGAGUCUGUUCAUGCUAAAGGGAAUACAAAUUCUAGUCGUCAUCAUCCUCAUCAUUAUCGGGAUGAUGACCAUCUCUCAUCGGUGAAAUUCAACUCGAAAUCAAAUAAUUUAAGUCUAAUAAAAUAUCUCGUUGAUAAUGAAGCAAUCGAUGAUUCUGUUGAGGAUGCUACACAUCAUCACCAACGUCAUCAUCAUCAUCAUACGGAUCAUCAAUGCGAUUAUGACGAGUGUGAAGAGACUGGAUUCAACAGUACACAUGAUUAUGCAUUGUUAAAAAAGAAGGCAUUACAACGUAUGAAUUCAGGAUAUAUUAAAGAGGAUGAUAAAUUAAUUGAAGAUUUAUUAUAUAAUAAAGAGAAUUCCACUGAUGAAAAUGAACAGAUGAAUGCAAGAAAUCCACUAAAGCCUUCAAAUAAUAUACAGUCAAUGAAAGACAACUUGUUAAAAAGACAAAGUAUGAAAGAACAAUGUGAUUCAAAUUCACCGAGAACUGGUUGUUCUUUAAAGGGAGUUAAAUUACACUUCAAGUGUUUACGAUUAUACAAAGCGUAUGCAGAAAAUCUAAUAUCCAGCAUAAAAUCAUCACCAAAGCCGCUGAAUCAGUCUAAACUACCGCCAACAUCGCAACCACGUGUUGGUGGCGGUGGUAGAACAUCAAGGAAUCCAACAAAACAAUUACAAAAAUCACGUCCAACCUCAAUAUCCCCGACAUUACCGUUCAUUAAAACAAAAUCCAGUGAAAUGAAUAUCUCACCAAAUAGUAUAUAUAUGGAAUUAGAAAUAUCUGUCCCAGCUUUGCAUCCAUCCUCAUUGUCGUCAUCCUCAUCAUCAUCAGUACUUCCAGCAUGUGGUGUUAUUCGUAAUGCUAGUAGUAGUUUUACAACUGGAACAUGGACUACAACCAGUUUUACAUUGAUAUCAGAGUUAUCUAAUCACCGGCAAUCUGAUAUAAUGUCAAGCAAAGAAGGCGAUUCAUUUGUAAAUUUCUUUUGUUCAACGAGCAGUAGUCACAACAACACCAAUAAUCCUUACAUAUUUGUCAAUUUGGACAACACCAACAUCAAUUCUAAUCAUGAUACUGGUAAUCAGGAUAAUCAUAUUCGAAUAAGAUUGUUUUAUUUGUCUAAUCCAAUAAUGGAGAGCGAUGAUAUAACCCAAUGGGAAUCAGAGAUGAUUGGUGUAAAUUUUGUCAAUCCAGACGAAAUACGUUCAAUUAUCUUAUCGAAAAAUCAUUUAAAUUCAACUAAUCCAACUACCCGCCUAUUUAUUCAUCUAUGCUCUGGUCAGAAGACAAAAACAGAUAGUCCAAAUGUGAUCGGUCGGCUAGAAUUUGAAUUGGAACCGGUAUGGCACACUACACCUAUCAACCAAUCAAAAGUCAAUCAUAUGUUAAAAGAUCAGCGAAACACGGAACAAAGCCAUACAAUUGUUAGAAAUGAUAAGGUUUAUUCAUCAGGUGAAAAUUCACUGGUUAAAAGACAUGACGUAAUCAAAUCUUCACUGUUGCCAUCCUCAUCCCAAGACAACAAUACUCAUAUUAUGCUAGAGACAAUAAUAUGCAUAACAGAAGGUAAAGAGCUGAAAUUAUCAAACGCUAAUCAUAAUCAAAAGUUAUUCACAUCAAAAUAUACACCUAGAUUACAAAAUGAUUCUGGUAUAUUAGUUGAACACACCUAUUUAAUUGUACGCUUACCAUGGUGUGGAUUGAUGGCUAAUAAUAACAAAGUGCAAUUAAAUUCAUCAACAAUGAAUCUGGAUCAAUUUCAUUCAAAUGUUGCCUGGUUGAGUGGAUCAUGUCCACAGUAUGCAUUCAAUAUACGAUCCCAAUGUUUAUUUCAUCAAGAAUCAUUAUCACGAUUGAUGAAAUCGUCAAUUGUUAUAGAAGUAUGGUCUAAAUGGAUGAGUGGUUUACCUGAUCAUUUAAUUGGUCUUGUAAAAAUUCCUACAGAAAGCAUAGUCAAAUUAUAUGCCCAUUAUGAUUUAAAUAGUUCACAAAUAUGGUGGCAUUCAAAUAGUGUCAUACAAAGUCUACUGAAAGCACAACAUCCAAUGAUUCCUGUAGAUUCAUGGUUUCCAAUUACUGACCCAUUCUCAGGUAGUGAAUGUGGUCAACUGCAUAUCCUUUUGGCGGUUGGAACACAAGAACAAAUAAAUACGUUUUCAUCUGUGCAAAACUUAAAAUAUAAUAUUGAUAAUAUGUAUAUGAUGAAUCGAGAGACGAUAGGGGAUGGUGGUGCUGGUGCUGGUACUUCUGGUAUUCUCAAACAGGCGGAACACUGUUCAUCUGUUGAUGUCACAGUUGAACAUAGAAUCAAUAUAACUAUUGAACAAUUGAGAGAUUUCGAUCCACAUAUCUCAUUGAAACAUGAUCCACAUUUCGAUGGAUCUGUACCAUGGGGUGACUUAGAUUGUUUUGUUCAAUACUUUUUCCCAAUAGAUACAAAAGCCAAGUGUUUAGCCAGUUAUCGGACAUCAGUUCAAAUGCUCAACAAACCAAGCAAUAACAAUAAUAAUAGUCGUUCUCAAAAUGAAAAACAAUUUAUCUCUUGUGAAUUCAUUCCAACUGUUAGUCCCUCAACGACUGACGGUGGUGAUGGCGAUGCACAAUGCCAUAUAUCAUCACGAAGUAGGCCAGGGCAAACACCAUCCUAUUGGAAUCAUAUGCAUAAAUUAUGCUUGAAUACAAAAAUCACAUCAGAAUCACAAAAGGAGCGUGAUUUUGUAGAUUUGAUGAAGACAAAAAUUGAACAGGAAUUUCUUCAAUGGAUUUUAGACAUGUUAACUCGUGCAGAUUUUAAAAGUAACAAAUUAGAUUUAAAACGUGGUUUAUUAUUUGAAAUUUGGUUACGUAUCUAUUCACCAAAUCUACACGAUUGCUUAGCAGCUAAAGGAUAUAUUCCAGAGGAAUUAUUUUAUACUUUAAUUAAUCGUAACAGAACCAAUACGCCUUCUGGUGAAAGCGGUGAACAUAAUCAUCAGACACUACGAUUCUCUAUUGAUCUAUUCGAUGUUAAUAGUAAUAGUGGAUGUUUAAAUGGGAGGCUACAAAUUAGUAUGGAUUAUUGUUAUAAUAUUAUUAAUCAGUCUGAAGACUUUAGUAAAGGAACACAAAUCAAACCCCCUGGUAGUAGUAUACAAAAUCAAACUGUACUACUUUCUAAUCCUGUUGUAAAUCAUUCAACGAAUCCAAUAUUAAUUCUUCCGAGUAAAACACAAUACAAUCAUCGUAUUCAAAUAUGCCUAGAUGAAAUCAACCUCAUGAAGUCAUCUCGACCGACUGACAAUGAUUAUUUCACUUCCCAUAGAAAUUCUUCCCUUCAUCUACGUGUCCAUUGUGUUCUGCUUAUCCCACCAGCUGGAUCAAAUUCUUCAUCAGUCAAUCAUCCAUAUUAUCUUCAUGUGAUCAAGUCAACAAUCAGUCAACCUAUAUAUAAUUCAUUAUAUGCAAAUGAGUUAAAUUGUAAAUUAGAUGUACAAUUGCCAUCAUCAUGGCUAAUUGCUUAUCAACAUCGAAAUCCUAUCCCCCAUCAUCAACAUCAUCAUUGUCAACAAACUACUCCUGUGAAUACCUCUUCACAAAAUAGUUUUGAAAUUAGUUUAUUAGAGGCAAUUUUAAACGGUGAUCAAUCUCAUCAGGCACAGUAUACUAGUCCUAUUACAAAAUCAUGUAUAGUGAUUCAGGUGGAUGUAUGGUCCCAAGAGAAUACAAGGAGAGCAUUUGCGGAAUGUGAUCAAAAGUUGGGAAAUUUUUGGGGAUUAUGUUACACUGACUUUGAAAACAAUUCUGAUGAUGACAAUACUUCUUAUUCAUCGCUUAAUCCUGGUAAAGAUUAUAAACUUGUCAGCAGUUGUCGUAUUCCUUUAUCUGGAUUAUUAUUUUCAACACAUGGUAUUAUGCCAUCACAUUGGUAUCCAUUAUGUUCAUUUAUAAGCGAUAAUUAUUCAUCAUUAUCAUCAUCGUCAUUGUGGGAAAGUAAAUUCAGUGGAGCUGUUCAAUUGAAUAUGAAAUUAAUUGAUCCAAAUAUGAUUAAAAUAGUUCCAUGUUAUAAUACUACUAUAACAUCAAAUUCAAUUAAUAACAAUCAUAAUAUUAUACAUAAUUCUUCUAUAAUUCAUUGUCUAAGAGAUUGGAAUAUAUCAUUUAGUAUUGAAAAGCUGGAGAAUGGUCAAACUUCUGUGACAGCAUUUAAAAAUGAAUCGAAUUACUGGAGUGAUGGUGUAGAUGAAUUUGGUUGUCAGUAUAAACACUUUACAAUAUAUCUUAAUUUUGCACACAUACCAAAUAUUAAACAGUUAAUCAAAGAGACAUCAGAAUUGGAUGGGGGUACUGGUGUUGGUGGUAGUACAUUGCUUAGAAGCUUUCUUAUGGAGGAUAGUUUCAAGGCCUAUGUGUUUGUACGCUUUCAAUUUCCAAAUUAUGGUACACAAAUGUCUCAACUGGUCUAUUUGCCGAAUUCUACUGAUCAAUUUGAUGAUUUGAAGCCUACAACUAUCAUUGAGUUUAAAGAAUAUAAAGAGUUUGUCAUUCCAGUUAGUUCAGAAUUAAGAUAUUUUCUGUCUGAAUCUUCACUUGAACUUCAAGUAUGGAUUAUUUGGACAGAUGAAAAUUUAAAGGAGACUGAUGUAAGCAGAAAUGAUAUUGGAUUUGGAAUAACAGGAGAAGGGUACUCUUCAUCAUCCACCCAUCGAGUCCCUGCACCACGUCAUCUAGGAACUGCAAUUAUCCCAUUGUAUCAUUUACUCUAUCCUAAACCAAAAGCGCUGGACAGUAUUCAUUCACAGUCGACCACUGGCACUGGUACUGGUGGUACAACUUCACUAGAUGGAUCAAGAACUGAAAAUUGUUUAAUGUCAAAACGUUAUCAUAUGUGUAAGAUGAAUAAAUUAACGAUACCUGAUAUUAAUGGACAACUUGGAUGGAAUUUAAAAUAUUCUCGAAGAUAUCCUGCGACAGACGGUAUAACAUCAUUUAAUGCAAUCAAUAAAAAUUAUGGCUCAAAUCAGCAUAUACAUACUACUGAUUUGUCUGCAGAAAGUAAUCAUAUGAGGCGAAAAACAACCUCAUUUCCUGCAGAAAUUAUCAUUGAAAAAGCCUAUCAUUUACGUUUACCUCAUCACAAUAAAUUUAUUCCUUCUACUGAAUCAAGUGAGCAAAGUGAACCAUACUUCAAAUCGCUUGAUUAUAAACAUGAUAAAAGAAAAUCCAAAUACUCGGUAUUUGUUACAUUCCCUGUUGAUGGGACUCUUGGUUUCAUGAGUGGUAGCAGCAAUCCAGUAAAUAAACAUACCUCCGCCGCCACAACCACUACUACUGCUACUCCUGUUGCUGCUGCUGUGGUCCUGGUGCUUCCAUUGUGUGCUACAAAUCCUAAUUCAUGUCGUAUUGCUGUUACACCAAAAGUGAAAAAUUUAGAAUAUGCUCAUUGGAACUACUGUCGAUUUAUGCGUAUACCAUUGGAGCUGAUAAAACCUUCGUGUAGUCAAGGUUUAGUAUUUCACGUUUGGACUGUAAAUGAUGAUGAAUCCACCAACAACAACAACGAUGAUACUGAUCAUAUUCCCAGAUUGAUUGGUAUAGCUACAGUUGAUUUAACCACCUUAUCCCACCUGUUUACAAAUCCAACUCGAGUGAAUUCCACGCCUAAUUCGCAUAAUGAAUUUAAUCAAAUCUAUGGUUGGUAUCAUAUUAUCGAUCAGAAUACUGGAUGUCCAUCUGGUCAAAUUUUGAUCGGUGUCAAACCGUUGAUUAAUAAUACUGGUGAAACUGAUUUCAGUAGUAUAUCAUUAGAUAAUUAUAAUAAUUAUCAGACUAAACCUUUUGAAAAUUAUUCUGUUUUUCAAGAAGGUUUUCCUCCAAUGCCAAUGUUAUAUUCUGAUUGUAUUCGGUCAUCAACUCAUUCCCUUUCUGAUUGUCAUCUAGCCAAUCCUCCUGACAAGAUGUCUACAAACAAAGAAGAACCUUGUCAAUCUGAAUUAAAUCGUUCUGUACUAUUUGAAAAUUUGAGGACUCGAUUAAAUGAAUUAGAUGAAAUGAAUAAUCGAUUUAAAAAUCGACUGACAACUUUAACAAAUUCAAAUGAAAAAUUUUUUAGUAUAAGUCAUGAAAAUCUACAAAAUAAGGAGGUGGCAGUGGUGUUAUCUCAAUGUCAAAAUGACAGAGUCACUAGCAAAUCACAACCAGUGUCAUCAAGACAAGAAGAAAAAAGUAGUCAAAUUGCAUCUGUGAAUUAUCACUGUUCACUUCCUUAUUCAAUAUCCAAUAAAGCAGAAUUACAACCUCGUUUAUCAACUUGUAAUUAUCAGUUAUCUAGUCAACCUGAUGUGCACUGCGGUAAUGAAUAUUUGGCGGAGAGUGAAAGCCUUACACAUACAAAUCGAAUUUUCACCAAAGCACCUGAUUACUCUUUUCACGAAAUCAAAGAUGAUGAUGACGACCUGUUGAAUCAAUUAAAAAGUCAAACAAAUAAUUUUAAUAUCAAUAAUUGUUUAUUAUAUGCUGGCGAGAAAAUUAUCAAUUCUGACGCUGAUAAUAAUAAUAAUAAUAACACAAAUUCACAUCAAUUACUACACCUUCGCAAUGUCUGUAAUAAAGAUAAUCAGCCUAAUAUUGAAGGCGAUAAUAAUGAUCAAUUUAACAGUGGGAACCGUUCAUUAACAGUAGAUGAUGCCGAUGCGGACGUCGACGCCGACGAUAAUCAUAGUGAUAAUGAUGGCAUAAGUAAUGCAAGUGAAGAUGACGGGGAUCAUCAUCAAUCAGACAUUUCGAUAAUCUCACCCCUACCUGGUCAAUGUUCUUCAAAUCUAUUUGAUGAUAUCGAUGGUGACGAUGAAUAUCAGCAGCAGGAUGUCAGUAAUAAUUGUGGUGAUGUCGUCUCUAGAGACGUUGUUUAUCCUCCUCAACAUGAUAGUGAAGUGACAGAGGAAUUAAAUUUGAAUAAAAGUUAUAAUUUAUCACAUUUUACAAUUAAUAAGAAUGAAGUGAUGACGAUGACUCACAUACAUGUUGUAAUCAUGUAUUGACACAAGAUCAUGAUGAUGCCGUGGAUGUAGAUGACGAUGAUGAUGGUGGUG